UCUCUCUCACUCUCUCUCUCUCUCAUUCCCUCAUUCCCUCAGUCUGUCACUCUCACUUUCUCUCUCUUCUCUUCCAGCAUCCCUCCCUCCUGCUCGACUUCUCUGGGCUGUUGGCGUCCUGCUGGCCAUGUGUCUGUCUCGUCCUGAGGGCUUGUUUGCCUCUCUCCCAGCAAACAUCAUUCCUGCUCCCUCCACCCUUCCGGCCAUCGCCUGAUCUAUGGAGCUGGGCGACCUCAGCUUUCCGUGCUUCUGGUAGCUGAGAGCCAGCUCAUAAGAUCCUCCAGGUUGUUUAACCUCUUUCUCGAGACUCUUGACACUCCAAUUCCUUUCCGUCACGGCCACAUCUCUCGUCAUGGCGGUUUUGGAUGUUCCCGACACCGGGCUGUCUCUCCGGAGAGACCAGCCCGAUGGCCUCUCCCCCGGACCGUCAGCCAGAACCACACAGAUCAUGCGGUUGAAUCUCGCCCAGAGCACCCUGGAUGAGCUCGUCCAAAGCCUUCGAAAUGAACAGAAAGCUCGAAUCCGCCUAGGGAGACACCAGACCCUUUACUACGGUUCCAAAGCUCAACAUUUCCGCUCCUCACCCGAAGCCCACCGAUCUGAGAUCUACAGCGCCAAUCCGGCAGAUAAGGAAAACAUGUACUUCACUGGUGUCCUUAGUCACAACCUCGAGGUUCAAAAGGCUAAGGAGGACACUGCGGCAACCGAUGAGGCCCUGGCCAACCUUGAGCUGAGCCUGAAUGCCUUCGAAAGGGGAAAGGAGUCCAAGAAGACACACAUGAUCACAAAUAUACUGGAUGUGAAGGCUCUUGGCGCUGGAGAUAACCGGUCUUCGACGGGUAAACAAGCCGCCCGUCUGGCUCGCAUGCCAACAAGCAAGAUUGAUGUGGAGAAGGAGAGGUUCUUCAAGAAUGCGGCGAACCGGUCCAUCCCCACCAGCCCUGCAUUAGGCGUUACACGCUCUCCCGUUCCCGCCCUCUCAUCUACCUCCGCACCCUCAACCCAAAACAAGGAUAGAAUUCGUCUAGAGGCAUUGAAGGUGCCCUUCAUCCAUCUACUGGCCAUUCGGGCUGUCUCGGUGAAGUUCUUGGCGCGGCAGACUCGCUCUUCUCAAGAGGACUGUCAGGCGUUGGCUCGCAAAUAUGGCACUGAGAACCGCCUUGAUCGUGACAAGUUCGAUCUCAAGGACAAGGCAUACCGAGAUCUCGAUGUCUGGAACUUCCCCUAUCCCAGUCAGGAAGACCGCCAGGAGGCUAUCGAGAAUGCCAUCUCGGCCUUUGACCGGAUGCGUAUCUCCCGCUCAGACAAGCUCUGGCAGAUGCUUCUCCCCAAAGAAGAACGUGGUAAGGGCAAAGUGCUCUCGCGUCUGGACCUGAGCAAAGGACCCAUCAAGAAGGCUGUCACUCCUCGUAUCCAUAUCCAGCCGUCUGAGGAUACUGGCAAGGAAGGAUAUGUCACUGGAAACGAGACGGAUAGGACGAACGGAAGGCAUACACCUAACACCACCGCUGGAAAGCUGACUCCCAAGCUUGGGGCAACGACGCAAAAGAAACGAGUUGGAGACAGAGAUGGCCCUGCCAAGCGAGCAUCAACCAAGGCCAAAAACACAACGUUGACUGGGCGGGUGACCAAGAAGACGGAGAAAAAGCCAACUGCCAAACCAGAUGGCAAGUUCAAAUCUGCUGAAUAUGUACACGACUCUGAUGAGGAUGAUACGGAUAUGGCCGAUGCUCCCCCACCCAGGAAUCCAGAGCUCGAAAAGGUGAGACCGGCCAGUGCGGUUGCCAGCAAGGCUCCCACACCAUCGAAGGUAGCCACGGACUCCCGGUCAUCCGCCCAAAAAGCACCUAAGCAAGAGGCUGAACGUGCCAACCCAAAGCCCUCUUCCUCCACUGCCGGUACUACUGGAUCGAAGACGUUGCCCAGCUCAUCGCGACCCUCAAACUCGUCACCCCAGAAACCGUCCCCUCUCGCGUCUUCGCCUCCUACGAACGCAUCCGACCUCGACAGUGCGAGCAGCAAGUCUGUUCCAGAUGCUUCGUCGAGUUCCUCGUCACCUCUCAUCACACAGAUAUCCAAGAAUAAACCAUCUGCUGAUGCCCCUCGCGUGACGAAACCCUCUGUGAAGGUUAAUGGUACUGCCCAGAGACCGCAAGGAACUGGGAAUCCGCUGAAGCGCAAGGCUCGUAUCGACCAUGAUACUAGCUCUACCGCCCGACUGAAUGGGCAUAUCAAUGGGCAUCUUGAAGCAAAGCGGCGACGACCACCUAGUGUAUCUAGUGGCAGCAGUACUGGCAGCGCCUCCCCGCCUCUUAGCCAGGAACUUCUCCGGCAGCAACUGCGAGAGAAGUCGCAAAAGUUCAAGCAGUAUUACACCAAGUACCGCGCUCUACAUGAGACAUUGGCAUCGCAGCCAAAUCCGCCUCGUGCGGAGCUAGAUAAGCUCGAGAGACAGCAUACUCGCCUACAGCUGAUGAAGAAGGAAAUCUGGGAUGAAGAUCGGAGACUCCGCAGUGGCCUAUAAGUCGAUGGAGAAGAGCAUAGUCGUGACGUCUACAGAGUGAAGUGUUUUGGAGCUUCAUUUGAUUUCUAUUUGCAUUCUAACUUUUCUUAUCAUGGAAUAUCCUGGAAUAUCCUGGGCGUUGAGUUACUGGAACAAAAGGUCAACUGCAUUGGGCGUCUGGAUAAUGAGCCUCUCCGAAUUUGAGUGAGCAUCUGUUUAUUUUUUACCCUCUAUUUUUGCCCUUGAUUUACGCCCUCUUGAUGGAGCCGGCUAUUGUCAUUAUUUUGUAUAGAGGAAACCCAAAAAAGAUUGGGGACCACGCAGCUACCAUGUAGAGUUUCACAACCAUGGCGGCAGUGCAUCCAUGCAUUGUAGUAUCAAUCACGUUAGAAUUCAUUCGAUGAUAAAUUGAAUCCGUG